ACUCUGCAGCAGCAAGAGUGUCCGACAUGGCUGCUAUUAGAAGAGCUAGUAAUUUUGCACGCUGUGUCGUUCGUUUUUCUGACCGUGAACUCAACUAAACACAUAGAGUUGUUGUUUGCAGCUGUAACAAGAGUAAGGCAUACUGAAAAGACAAAAUGGACCCUGAAACCUACUUCCAAUAUGAAACUUUAUUGGAAAUAGGUGUGAAUGCAGAAGAUAAUUUUAACACUGCAGAUAUUUUGGAAGAGGAAGAGGAAGGUACCAAAAUGUCAGAUGAUUCUGAACUAAAGGUGGAGCUCAGCGUCUUUCGGGCUCAAUGGAUGUCUGAACUGGCGCCUUCCACAGACAACAAAAAAGGUUUGCCUUCAAGAUCUGCAGAUCUCAAAAGGAAGCAGGAGUUGGCCCGGGAGGAAAAGGCCAGCAAACUGUUUCUAAAGGCAGUGGAGCAGGAACAGAAUGGAGCGGUUUAUGAAGCCAUCAAGUACUAUCGGAGAGCCAUGCAGCUUGUACCUGAUAUUGAAUUUAGAAUUAACUACACGCGAUCCCCAGAUUCUGAUGGAGUUGGCAUGAACUAUUUGGAAGAAACAGACACUGAUAAGGAGAUAGAUGAUCUGCUAUCCUAUUUUCAGCAACAGCUUAAUUUGCAGGAAGCAUGCCUGAAAAUUUGCCAGCCGGAUAUUGAAAUGACACAAACUCACAUUUCAGCCCUACCAAUGGAGGUGCUGAUGUACAUUUUCCGCUGGGUUGUCUCGAGUGAUCUGGACUUGAGGGCUCUUGAACAGCUGUCUCUGGUCUGCCGUGGGUUUUACAUUUGUGCCAGGGAUCCGGAAAUCUGGCGUUUAGCCUGUUUAAGAGUGUGGGGUAGGAGUUGCACCAAAAUGAUUCCUUUUAACUCCUGGAGAGAGAUGUUUUUAGAACGCCCACGUGUCCGGUUUGAUGGUGUAUAUAUCAGCAAAACCAAUUACAUUCGCCAAGGAGAACAAUCCCUGGAUGGAUUCUACAGGGCCUGGCACCAGGUGGAGUAUUAUAGGUACUUUAGAUUCUUCCCAGAUGGGCAAGUAAUGAUGCUUACCACCCCUGAAGAUCCUGUCAUCACAGUAACUCGUUUGCGUAACAGGAAUGCCAGGAUGGAAUCUCUUCUAUACGGUCAUUAUCGUCUAUCCCAGGACACAGACAAUCAAACCAAAGUGUUUGCUGUUGUUUCCAAGAAAAAAGAGGAGAAGGCCCCAGAGUAUCAUAAGAACAGAUACUAUAAUUGCUGUAGCCCAGUCCAGGAAGCGGAGCACAGUUUUCACAUGGGCCUGCAGCUCAGUUCUGGAGGGUGUCAACGAUUCAAUAAGCUCAACUGGAUCCAUCAUUCUUGCCAGAUAACAUACAGGUCAACUGAUGAAACUGUAGUUACUGCAUUUGAUGUCGACAAGACAUACACACCUUUGUUCUUUGCUCGAGUGAAAAGCUACACUUCGUUAUCAGAAAAGCCUCUCUAAAUAGAAAAGUGGGAUCAUGAGUUUACUGAAGAUUCUCAGCCAAAAAAAAGUAGUAACAGCACUAUAAUUUUACUGGCAAUUGUUUUAUGCAGGAUUAUAAUUAAGAAUGUAGUAUGUGAGUCUUAAGUCUUUCUACUUGAUUUGAAACUUUGGGGUAGAUGUAAGGAUGCGCACAGUGGUUUGCAGGUGCAAAACAAAUGGUGUUCAUCUCGCGUUCUGCCAGCUAUCAAAUUUGCACUUUUAAUUAAUCCAUUAAACUUAUAUUGACAUGCAUUCAAAUGAAGGAAAGAGCAUGGAAUUGGGCGGGAUCUGGAUACUAAGCGGGCACAAACAUUAUAAUGUGAUGCAAGGAUUUUGCCUUGCAUUUAGGCAAUUGCUGACCCUCCAAAAACGUUACACCUCUUAUAAGGUGCAAACCAUUGUAGUAGCAAGUAAUUCAGAGUGGUAUAAAAGCACACAACUGCAGAGACCUGUCAUUGACUUCAGGGUGGCUGCUGUGAUACAUUUCCUGAUGCGGCGACACUUAGCUCUUCUACCGCCAACAGGACUUUGCUGCCCUUCAUCUGACCUAUUUUUUUUUUUUGGUUUGUAUUUUCGUGCUCCACAAAUGUCAUACAGCACCUACUGCUUUCUGUACUGCUAACUCUGUCACCUCUGGGCUGCAAAUGCUGCUACUACAUAGCCCGAUGCGCUCACCCUUAGUAUCAUAAUUGCGGAUCAUUACUUGUGCGUGUUGAGUAAUUUGCAUUGCUCUUAAGCUUUCAUAGGGCACUGGGCAAAGGAAUUGCCUAUCGGCAAUACAGUUUGAAUUUUGCAUCUGCAAUUAUUUGCAUUGUGCCUAUACUUGUAUCUACCCCUUUAUGUUUUAAAUUUCAGUAGCAUGCAGAUAUAUGGUGAAUUGGUAUACUUAAGGCAGGACAUUAGGAUUUUUCUGGUUACAUUGUUUACCAUUUGCAGUACUUGCUGUAUGCAAAAGGGAAAAAACAUUCAGAGCAACUUAACAUGCCUAGAGAGAUUGCUAUCAUCUGCACCUUUUUGCACUACAAAAUAUUGAUGUACAACAUAAAUACAACCUCUUUAUGCUCUGCGAAAAAUUAAAAACAAUUUGAAAUGUAUUUUGUAUCUUAUUGAGUAAAAUUCCCAGAAAUAACUGGUGUCAGUUAUUUAAUUGCAGAAUAGUGACUGCCAAAGCUAAUGUGGUACCACUGUUGGCAGUCACAAUUGCAGAUGAUUGGGUGAGUAGUCACUUGUCCUAAAGCAUGUUGAAAAAAGCAAGUUGGCUUUGUUUCCUGCCCAUACCACAAGAUGGCAUCAUAGACCAACUUUUUUUUAAAACAUUUUUUGUUUUCCAAAAUUAUGCUUAAUUAGUUGUUGUUUAAAGUAAUUUUACAUCUUUUAGUAUCCAGAAUACACAUUUGAUUUGAAGUGUUUAAAAGCUAUUAGAAUUUUGAAUAUGAGGGAGUGAUCAAUUUACAAGCAUUGUCGUGGAUACAAGUUUGAGUACUUGUCCCUCAUUCUUAAUCAAAUGUAUUAAUAAAAUUAUAAUUUUACAUGA